ACCAACUACCAAGCCAACCUCAGUUUUUAGAAAACACAUUGUUUAAUUUAUUAAUUUUACAAAACUUUUGUAACAAACCAAGCAAUAAACAAUUUUGAAAACUAAACUGUAAAAUUUGCAUUCGAAUAAGUGAAGCUCAUUAUCAAGAACUAUGCCGAAAGCAAAGAAGCUUCACGUGAAGGGCAAGCCUAAUGCUUUACAAAAAAGUUGUAAAGUCGAGGAAACCACCAAUGACACAAAAGAAUCCAUAAGAGAGUUUGAAUUGCAAUUGUGCUGGUGUAUUAAUCAGCUAGAGAAAACUUUAGCCGCAAAGAAGGGAACAGAAAAACAAUUGCAAGAAGCAUGGAAAACAGUGACCGUGCUAAAAAGCAAUAACCAAGCAAUGAUUAGAAAGCGACAAUUAAUGCGGACUACUUUCGGUGACUACAGAGCGCUUAUGGCAGCUGAGGAGAAACAGCUGGCAAAAAUGGCGAGCAAAAUGAAAAUAACGGAAAGUACUUCCAAGCCAAAAGCCACAUUUCUGAGGAAAUCUGCAUUUUUAUCAAACGGAGACACCUCAUUUAAAUUCAAUUUUGAUAUUCAAGAAAGUGAAAAAAUAGCAAGUGAAGGGGAAAAUAAGGAUACGGAGUCCAAAAAACCCGAAGAACCUAAAGUACAAGAAGAUAAACCAGCCGGCAUCAAUUUUGCACCAACAAAUUCAGAUUUUAAAUUUAAUUUCAUCAUAGACAAUAAUUAAUGUAGACUAAUUUUUUUAUAAAAUUAUUUUUAAUUUUAUAAAAAAAUUAGUUGACAGUAACAGAUUGAUAAAUACAAUGUUCAAUGAAUUCUAAGCCACAAACAAUUUAUUAUUAGUGUGUUUACCAAUCUGUUUCUUAUUUUUAAAUAAAUUUAUAUUGUUAAAUUA